GGAUUGGGAUUGGGAUUGGGACCACCCAGCAAUUCAAUCCCUCAUUAUCCUUUUGUCGUGCCGAGAUAGGUAGUUUUCUACUGCUGUAUCUCUUCUUCCUCCCCGAAAACUCGACACCACCCGACUCUACUCGACACCACUCACUUGUCGACUACUCCAACCCAGAAGGAAUGGUGCGAAGUGAUUGCGAAGGAUAGACGGUCAAUAAUAAGCAUCGUUAUCAAUAUUCUUAUUGUAUCUUACUCUUACUUCGCUUCCAGUCGUAAGGAACUCCCAGUAAUAUUUCCAUCGGGAAACACGUACCAGGUUAUCAUCCUCACCAUCCUACCAACCCAAGCGUCCCCAACCUUUCCAGCUUAAGCUGAGUGGUAGCCAACUAACAACACGGCCACUCCGACCUCGACUUACAUUGAAGUCAGGUUGUUUGGGGAAGAAAUAACUCGUCCUUUCAUCUGUAACCUCUGCAGUUAUUUUUCACCAUCGCUCCAAGCCUCACAAUACAGCAGAACUUUGAAACAUACAUAUCUAGGUAAGAAUUUGACUCGAUAACGCAUUGUCGCUUCCUUACUUUAACCUUCCGAUACUCGUACCCAUUAAACUGGGUGUCGGGUUCAAGAUUAACUUUCCGGUCACUGUGAGCUUUAUUUAUUGUAUUUAGGACUAACAACGAGGAUAUAGCAUAUAUUAUAAUUUUGUUCAAAAUCAGCAACAAUGGCUGAACGAAAUAUUUCUAUCGCUUCAAACCACUUUAGAGGGAGUGUAGACUCCAAUAUGGCAGCGUCUACGUCUCCCAAAAGCAUACCCGAAAUAAUUACGAGGACGACCAGAGGAGGGAGGAAACUUAGAUAUACCUUGACUGUAAUUCAACAACCUGAGCGUGCUAGAGCUUGUGGUUCUGGAGCAAAGUGUAUGCUAAAUUUUCUUUCGGUGAAGGGCUCAAAAUAUUGUUACUAAGACUAACACCGUUCUUAGCAUCUGCCGAUCGCCGCCCAGUUGAUCCUCCUCCUGUCGUUCAACUUCGCAUUCACGACGAAACAGAACCCCGACAAGAGAAGGAGAUAACCUUCCACUACAAUGCAAACUUCUUUCUAUUUGCAACUUUGGAGGUCGCUCGGCCAAUCGCUCAAGGUCGUGUACAAACUUCGGCUCCUCAAGCACCCGUUUUGACGGGCAUGCCAGUAUCUGGAAUGGCAUACUUGGAUAGACCCAAUGAAGCUGGAUACUUUAUUUUCCCUGAUUUGUCUGUUCGACAUGAGGGCCAGUACAAGUUGAGCUUCAAUCUUUAUGAGGAGACAAAAGAGGAGAAGGAUGUCGAUAUCGAACCUUCGAAUGAAUCAGGCAUGCGAAAGAUGUCGAGCGCUGCGGCCGCCGCUGAAUCCUCUUUUGAUUGGCGGAUGGAGCUUAAAUCCGAUCAAUUUACUGUAUACAGUGCAAAGAAGUUCCCUGGUCUCUCUGAAAGUACCGAUCUGAGCAGGACUGUGGCGGAACAAGGUUGCCGAGUACGUAUUAGACGUGAUGUGAGGAUGAGAAGAAGGGACACGAAACCUGGAGGAGACUUUGGUGAAAACGAGGAUGAAUAUCAACAGGGAAGGGCUACUUCGCCUCCAUUUGAUUACUCCAUCCAAGCUGCUAGACAGAGAGCUCUGAGUACAAGUGGUAAUGAGGAUCCACAACAGAGGCGUGGAUCAGCUGAGAUAUCACCAUACCGUUCACCUGCAGGUUCUCCAUAUCGUACGCCUUCGCUUUCUCCUUCGACGUCAAACGCACCUCUACCUGCCGGUGGACAGCUUCAUUGGAUGGCACAAGGCAAUGGAUUUGCUCCUGUACAGGCAAUCCAACCUCCACCCCCGCCUCCACCUCCGCCUCCGCCUUCCUCAUCCUAUUCACAGCCGAUAUCGGCCGUUUACCCUAACCAAGGCCCAUCGACGCCAUUCCGUCAGCAAGCUCUUCAAGGGCCACCUCCGCCACCUCCAGGAAGUUACAGUGGGUUCGAGGAGAGGCAAUCCUUUAGUCAAUUUCGUCCUCCUGCCAAUCCUCCUCAACCACAGUCGUAUGAUCCAGACUACCGGAGAAUGUCUUUCGCAUACCAAAUGUCCAAUGCAUCUCAAGGUUCUCAACCUACCACUCCUGCUCAAAAUUCUACCUACAGCCAGCAAUCCGUGGAACCUACUUAUAGCCGUAAUCCUUCUUCUGCGUACUCAAAUAGCUAUCAGGAUUCUGUCGCUCUCGCACCAUUGCGAGCUGAGCAACCGACAGCUAUGUCUCCGCUUGCCCCAGUAACUUCUAUGAUUCGUGGACCACCAAGCCUGGCGCCCAUGCCAAGCAUUGGAUCAAACCACAGCUAUAAUAAGCUAGAGAGAUCUGGGUCAUACAGCCAAUAUCCUCCGAUUGAAGCAGAGCCACCAAGAUCAGCCAAUAAGAGAAGCUACGGUGACGUUUUCAGCACCUCUAGUGAAUCAUUGUACAACGGUAGACGACCAAGCACCAUUAGUCAACGAGAAGAAGAUGAGGAGGAACAAAGGUUCAGAGAUCAAAUGACCUAUAGGCGAGCUAAUGGUAGCUUUCAACGGAAACCCGCUCCUAACCUCAACUAAAUGUCAACUAAAUGUCAACAUUGAGCUCAAAGGCCGGGAUGGGCGUCGACCAUGUUUAUAGCAAAGGCGUUUGAUGAUUUGGUUUUCUACACGCCGUCGAGUUUUUCAUUAUUUUCAGUAUACGAUUUGGGACCAGAUUUUUACGAUACCAAUUUGUCGGGGACAUGAGCUCCCAUAUACCUUUUCAUAUUCUUACACGACUCGCGGUGGUGUUAUUUGCGCGUGUUUUGCACGCUUCUGGAAAAGCAUACAUGGAAUUUCUCCUUACGAUAUCUAGAUUGCAGAAAGCAUUGACUUUCUCACCCUUUUAGUUCUGCUUUGUUUUGUUGGUACCUGCUUUUGAGCACAUUUGGGGGAUUUGACCUAGAGGAUGAGAUGACGAGUGGAGCGGGCUUGAAAACCCAUUCUGUAAUUUAUGGGCUUGGAAAUGGGAGAAAGGGGUUCCUUUCGGAGAUGGGAAUGGAGUGGAAAUGGAUUGCAAUCAGUUGAAUACCCUACCUAUCUAAAUGAAAAGAAAAGACUUGAAUUGGAGAAGAAUUAUACACCAUGGAUAUUG